CAUUCUAGUUUUUUUUCGGCGCUGACUAGCAGCACGCCACGUUUUUGCAGUAAGAUAUCAUUACACUUUUUCAAAAUGGCUAGCUUCUAGCUAAUAAAUCAAUGUUGUUUUCCCCCUGCCUUCAAUGAAACAUUCCACCACAUUUGCCUGAACACAGAAGCCAUUACACAGCCUAGCGCGCCAGCUACGUGAAUACUUGUGCCGAACUAACGCGCGAUUUCCGACAGUAUUUGAAAAGUUGAGGUGCAUUUUCAACCUCGCCAGCGUCUCUAGCUACCUAUCCCUUUUUGUUUCAUUCGCGUGUUCCAAGGUUUGGUACAACCAGUGGUCAUUAGGAUGGAAUUCCAAGGCACGGAACCUAUGACUCUGGGUUCCCCAACAUCGCCUAAACCCGGCCCGGGUGCCCAGUUUCUCCCCGGGUUUUUAAUGGGGGAUCUGCCGGCACCUGUCACACCCCAGCCUCGGUCAUUUGGGGUCAUGGAAAUGAGGUCACCACUUCAAGCAGGUGGCUCUCCCCCCCAACCCGUGGUUCCUACACCCAAAGACAAGAGUGGGGCCCCUCCAGUCAGAAGUAUCUACGAUGACCUCUCCAGUCCUGCCGUAGGGAUGUCCCCUAUGGGCGCACAUAAACAGCCCUUCUCAAUGAUGCACACCCCACUGUCUGGUUAUAUGGCGGUCACACCAGGAACCGCGUCCAGUAUAUUUAGUCCUGCUACCACCGGACAGCAGGCGAAGUCAACAAUGUCUCCAGCCCAAGUAGACCCUUUCUUCACUCAGGGAGAUGCACUGUCUUCUGAAGACCGUCUAGAUGAUACUUGGAUCACUGUGUUUGGGUUCCCUCCAGCCUCUGCAUCUUAUAUUCUGCUGCAGUUUGCCCAGUAUGGAAACAUAAUGAAACACGUGAUGUCCAACACUGGUAACUGGAUGCACAUUCAAUAUCAGUCUAAACUCCAAGCAAGAAAAGCACUAAGUAAAGAUGGGAAGAUUUUUGGCGAGGCUAUAAUGGUUGGUGUUAAACCAUGCAUCGAUAAGAAUGUGAUGGAGAGCUCAGACCGAGGCGCUACCUCCUCCGGCUCAGUAUUUACUCCUCCGGUCGGAAACGGAACCCCAGGCCACCAUGUCUCUACACCUCGCUCCUCUAUGAGGCCCCUCAGUGCAGCCUACAAGGCCUCCAGCAGUGAUUACCAGGUGGUAGCUGACAGACAGACCCCAAGGAAAGAUGACAGUUUGGUUUCCAAAGCGAUGGAGUACAUGUUUGGCUGGUGAGAUUGUCUCCUCCCAAUGGCUGAACGCUUCAUGUUAAAACUCAGACUGAAUGACCAACAGCAGGCGUCUGUCAUUACGGAGUCACUGGUUCUGUCCCAAAUGGCACCAUAAUCCCUAUAGUACAGUACUUUUGACCAGAGCCUUAUGGGUCCUGGUCAAACGUAAAGCAGUACAUAGUGAAUAAGGUGCCAUUUGGGACAGAACCAGUGUGUAACUGAUUUAGAACCAAGCCAUGUGGAUAUCUUCAACCCUGUGACUACUGUGCACUUUAUGUGGUGGUUGAGUGAACAGGAUUUUGUCUAGACCGGAUAUUGUACGUUAGCGUUGAAUGAAGUGUUUUUGUGUAAAAAUCACAACGCUAAAUUGACAAACAACACAGACCCAAAGUAAAUAAAUAUGUUCCUAGAUAUGUGCCACUUGUCUUGGCAUGAAUAUGGAAUGAAUCACACAAAAUGAAGACAUGAUUCUGUCCCAAAUGAUUCCCUAUGUAGUGCACUACUUUUGACCUGGGCCCCAUAGGGGUUUGGUCAAAAGAAGUGCACUUUGUAGGGAAUAGGGUGCCGUUUGUGGUGAAGGGACACACGUUGCAUAUCUACACAGUACAGAGUCUGUUGUAAGCGACGCUUUGACAGUUAGAAAUCAAGGUUGUACGUCAGGAUCCUAAGCCGUGACGUCGAAUUAGUGGAAAUGGUGCAAGAUUGGUUGGUUUUCUUUCUGUGUGGUUUUGCUAGAAUACAACCUUAAAUAGGACAGGCUCAGAUUUUUUUUUUUUUUAGAAUUUUGAUUAAGAAAUGCCUUUUGUAUGUUGUCAAAUUUUGUAUUUAAUUUUUAGAUCUCACAAAGCUGUCUGUUCCGUUUUUAUCUUGCUAUUUAAAAUGAGCUGUCUACUGUUUCUACUCUCUACUGUAUCUCAGCUGACACUUACUGUUUCUUAAAUAAAUGUUGCAUCAUUUGAAUACCAGUUGGAGUUUAGUAGUCCUGAAUGACGAGCACUGUUUACUUGGUCAUUUAGUUUUACCGUGAAGACUUCUGACUGUUCUACAAUGUUUGCGUGUCGGUCAGUAAACACUCAUGACAUGUUCUAGUUUGUAUUCCAGUCAGAGCAUUAAAUAAAAGAUUGCUUUAUACCGUAUAAACCA